UGCAGCAGAGUUUAAAAAAGCGUGAGUGGCCAGUCAGUGAGGAGAAACCCAGAGUCGGGCUGGAAACCUUGCGAAGCCGUCCUCUCCGCCACAUCAGCCACGGUGCACCACGAUGUCCAAGCCGAAGUUUCAGACGGAGUGGGACGAAAUCGACGAGGAAUAUCAACAAUUACAGGAAACUCACAAAAUAUACAGACAAAAACUUGAAGAGCUCACUAAUCUUCAGGCCACAUGCAGCAACGCCAUCAGUAAGCAGAGAAAAUGCCUGAAGGACCUACGGUACAGUUUGAACAAGGGUGCACAAAGAUGUGACGAGAAGGAAUUGGAAUUAAUAACGGACAUCAAAUCACAAAUCAAAGAAAAAGAAAAUGUGUUUUUUGAUAUGGAAGCUUAUUUGCCAAAGAGAAACGGGCUGUACCUGAAUUUGGUCCUGGGCAAUGUGAACGUAACGCUUCUCAGCAACCAGGCAAAAUUUGCCUACAAAGACGAGUAUGAGAAGUUCAAGCUUUAUAUGACAAUAAUCCUGAUGUUUGGAGCAAUAACCUGCCUCUUCUUUCUCAACUGUCGAGUCACUGAUGAAAUUUUCAACUUUUUGCUGGUGUGGUACUACUGCACAUUGACCAUAAGGGAAAGCAUCCUCAUGAGCAAUGGCUCCAGGAUCAAAGGUUGGUGGGUGUCUCACCAUUAUGUAUCCACCUUUCUGUCAGGUGUGAUGCUUACCUGGCCGGAGGGGCCCAUGUAUCAGAUGUUCAGAAGCCAGUUCCUUGCUUUCUCCAUAUAUCAGAGCUUUGUCCAAUUCCUCCAGUAUUACUACCAGAGCGGCUGCUUAUACAGGCUGCGAGCUUUGGGAGAGAGAAAUCAGCUGGACCUCACAGUGGAGGGAUUUCAGUCCUGGAUGUGGAGAGGCCUCACUUUUCUUUUGCCGUUUCUCUUUUUUGGCCAUUUUUGGCAGCUGUACAACUCUGUGACCCUGUUUCGCUUGGCAGGACAUGAAGACUGCAAGGAGUGGCAGGUAUUUAUGCUGGCACUGACUUUUCUUGUCCUGUUCCUGGGAAACUUCCUCACUACUGUAAAAGUCGUCCACCAAAAGAUUCAGAAAAACCAGGGAAAAGUGCAAAAAAAUGACUGAGACAAAAACUCCAGAUUCCUACGAACAGGCCAGUAAUUUUGAAGCAACGCGCACAAUCGCUUGAUAGACUGACCGCGGCAAACGAUCAGGCCGGGAGAAGACGAAGCUGAGACCGCUGCUUCUCUCAGGCUUUGAUGGCGUCAACAGUGUCCAGCCAAAGUAUCUGGCCUACAGGCUUCUGCUUUCUAAUGACUCUUCGUCAAUGUCGCUGCACAGUCGGUCACAACAUACAAAGCGGUGUUCACCUGAAAUCUGAACAGUCUGUCGCUUUAUCCUGUACAUACAAUGUGAGUGGAAAGAAUGUGUUUUGUUUGGGUGUUUGUGUAAGUCAGCGCAUGAAUCUUGUCAGAGAGCCUUUGUUCAAAUCAUAUGCAACAAAAAAAAAAGGGCAGGUAGCAUCGAUUCAACAGAAAAUAGUUUGCCUUUUAAGACCUAAAGUCUGUCAUGUACAUACUUCAUACUUCUGUGAAGUAUUAAUGGUCAAACUGUCUCUGGCUUGAACAAAAACUGUUCAACGUGGCACUGCGCUUAAUUUUCUUGAAUUCUCUAACUUUUUAUGUGUAGUUCUCAACUCCCUGUUACGCUAUCUCACUGCUAACCAGUAUUUUCUUUACUAGAUUUUGUUCCUACUUUUAAAAAAAACAUAAACCUAAUACUUGACUGCCCAAAAUGACCUUCAAUUUUCAGAAAAAGAAACUCCUUCUGGUGUAUGUUGUCUGUCUGGAGUCAGUGGCAGCUCUGUUUUUGUUGUUUUUCCUAGUUCCUCGACAGAGUCAGGGCUAUAAAGGAAUGCACCACUGUUUCUCCCUUCAGCCAGCGGUUACAAAAGCCAUAACUGUUUUUCUAUGAUCUAAACGCCUAAACUUGGUCACAUGAACACAGACAUUAAAACAUUUUGUGUCUCUACAAAAAAAAAAAACUGUUCCCAGUGAGGGUUGAAGGAGAUUUUCAUGUGAGCUCCUCCCUAUCGGUUACACUUAAAUGUUCUCAUUAACGUAAUACUAACAUAGGUUUAUCAUGUUUCACUAAUGGUCUAAAUCUUGCUUCAGGCUUAUUCAAUUUAAUUGUUUUAACACUUGAAGUCCAUGCACAGUUUGGAUUUAUCAGAACUGGGCUGCAAACGACAAGCUAUUAGUUCCCAUCUUAUGAUCAAAUGCUGCUAUUAGAGCUCGUACUGUAAGAUUUAAGAUGUAGAAUGAUGAGAAAAUUGUGCCGGAUUAUUGUUUCUAAUUCCGAUCAACAUACUAAAUAAAAUAUUUGUAGGAAUUAAACUUACGGCCAAACCUGGAGCUUUUUGCUCUAGUUCACUGUAGUGUUGUCUGGGUCGUGUUUAACGCUUGUUUGAAAGUACAAGGCUCUUUUUUUUUUUUUUUUCUAUCGGCAAAGGUUCAGAUGGGCUUAAAACUGACAGCUGUAGAAGUGUCAGGUCUCUAAUGCCUUAUUCUCCCUCCAGCCUGUUACAGCAAAAAUGUCUGUCUCCUUUUUUUUUAUUCUGAAAAAUCAAAAGCUUGUAGCGUUAUUUCAUUUCCCACAAAGCAAUCAUGCCAGAGAGAAUCAACAUAUUUCAUCACACAUCACUUUUAUUAAGGGAGAAUUGAAGCUUGUUGUUUUUUUUCUUUUUUGGUUACAGACCAAAAUGUUACAUUUGACUCGAGAGCUGCCCGAACGCACAGAACAACUUGAUUUCCUCAAUUUAUGAUGUAGCUGAUGUUAAACAAUGUUCAUUACAAGACUGUAACUGGUGCCUGAGUAUGAUCAGUAACAAGAGACAGAUGACAAUUUCUCAAUCUGUGUACAUCGUUGUAAAAAUAUAUAUUAAUAAUUAAACACCAAUUUAAAAACUG